GGAGAAAAACCAUAUAAAUGCAUGGAGUGUGGAAAGACCUUUGCUCUGAGCCAUAGACUUACUCUCCACAAAAAGAUCCACACAGGGGAAAAGCCAUUUAAAUGCAUGGAGUGCGGUAAGACCUUUGCUCGAAGGUGUAAACUUAUUACCCAUAAGAUGAUCCACACAGGCGAAAAGCCAUAUAAAUGCAUGGAAUGCGGAAAGAGCUUUGCUCAGAGAUGUCAUCUUAUUUCCCAUAAAAUGAUUCACACAGGGGAGAAACCAUAUAAAUGCAUGGACUGUGGGAAAACCUUUACUCAUAGCAAUGGACUUAGAAACCACAAAAUCGUCCACACAGGAGAGAAGCCAUAUAAAUGCAUGGAGUGUGGGAAAAACUUUACUCAUAGCAGUGGACUCAGAAGACACAAAACAAUACAUACAGGAGAGAAACCAUAUAAAUGCAUGGAGUGUGGAAAGACCUUUGCUCUGAGAAAUAGACUUACUCUCCACAAAAAGAUCCACACUGGAGAAAAGCCAUUUAAAUGCAUGGAGUGUGGAAAGACCUUUGCUCGAAGAUGUAGACUUGUUACCCAUAAGAUGAUCCACACAGGUGAAAAGCCAUAUAAAUGCAUGGAGUGUGGAAAGACCUUUACUCAAAAAAGUAGCCUUAUUACCCAUAAGAUGAUCCACUCAGAAGAUAAACCAUUUAAAUGCAUGGAGUGUGGAAAUACCUUUACUCAAAAAAGUAGUCUUAUUACGCAUAAGAUGAUCCACUCAGAAGAGAACCCAUUUAAAUGUAUGGAGUGUGGAAAGACGUUUACUAACAGCAAUUCUCUUACUUCUCACAUCAGAAUCCACACAGGAGAGAAGCCAUAUAAAUGCAUGGAAUGUGGAAAGACCUUUGCUCAGAAUGGUCAUCUAUCUUGUCAUAAAAGGAUUCACACUGGGGAGAAGCUAUACAAAUGCAGAGAGUAUGGUAACAUGUUCAAAAGUGGUAAUAAUCUUAUUUCUCAUAAAAGGAUCCAAGCAGGAGAUAAACCAUAUAAAUGCAUGCAGUGUGGAAAAACUUUUACUCGUAGUAAUGGACUUAGAAACCAUAAAAUGAUCCACACAGGAGAGAAACCAUAUAAAUGCACGGAGUGUGGAAAAACCUUUACUCAUAGCAAUGGACUUAGAUACCACAAAAUGAUCCACACAGGGAAAAAGCCAUUUAAAUGCAUGGAAUGUGGAAAGACCUUUGCUCAACGUGGUCAUCUUAUUUCCCAUAAGAUGAUCCACACAGGGGAGAAACCAUUUAAAUGCACGCAGUGUGGUAAAACCUUUACUCGUAUCUAUGAACUUACUAUCCACAAAAAGAGACACAUGGGAGAGAAACCAUAUAAAUGUAUGCAGUGUGGGAAAACCUUUACUCGUAGCAAUGAACUUACUAUCCAUAAAAAGAUCCACACAGGAGAGAAACCAUAUAAAUGCAUGGAGUGUGGAAAGACCUUUGCUCUGAGCAGUGUGCUUCGAAACCACAAAAAGAUCCACAGUGGAGAGAAACCAUAUAAAUGCAUGGAGUGUGGAAAGACCUUUGCUCUGGACAGUAGGCUUACUAUCCACAAAAAGAUCCACACCGGGGAAAAGCCAUUUACAUGUAUGGAGUGUGGAAAAACCUUUGCUCAACGUAGUAAACUUAUGUCCCAUAAGAACAUUCACACAGGGGAGAAGCCAUAUAAAUGCAUGGAGUGUGGAAAGACCUUUGCUCAAAGUGGUAAUCUUAUUUCCCAUAAGAACAUUCACACUAGGGAGAAGCCAUUUAAAUGCAUAGAUUGUGGAAAGAACUUUGCUCAAAGCCGUUAUCUGGCUUCCCAUAGAAAGAUCCACUCAGAAGAGAAACCAUUUAAAUGCAUGGAGUGUGGAAAGACGUUUACUAAGAGAAAUGCUCUUACUUCUCAUAACAGAAUCCAUACAGGAGAGAAGCCAUAUAAAUGCAUGGAGUGUGGGAAGACCUUUGCUCAGAAUGGUAAUCUUACUUCUCAUAAAAGGAUCCACACUCGGGAAAAAGUAUAUAGCAGUAGCAAUAGCAAUUCCACUUCAGACUUAUCUACCACUCCACAAAGCUUUAUAGCAGUCUUUGAGCAAUUUACAAAGUCAGCAUAUUGUCCCCAGAAAUCUGGAUCCUCGUUUUACCGACCUGGCAAAGAUUAAAGGCUGAAUCAACCAUGAGCCGGUCAGGACCGAACUCCUGGCUCCUGGACAAUCAGCUCGUACUGCAUUCUAACCUCUUACCUAAUCAUGUCUAUAGCUUUU